AUGGUACAUCGUUCAGCUGCGCUCUCGCCAUGCCUGGGCGGGGCUGGUCCGGAGGCGGGACUCGGGGAUCCGGAAACCUCUGAGCUGUCGCUGAUCCUAGUUUUAGUGCCCAGGCGGUGUUUAUCCUGGCCGGACUUGGUGCCCAGGGUCUGAACUGUUUGCCCGCCGGGUCUCCUGCGACGGUCCAGCGACUGGUGCCCUGGCGUGGAGCCCUCAUUUGCUCUCGCCAUGCCCAUGGCCGCUGCCCCCAUCAUCAGUUCGGUCCAGAAGCUGGUGUUGUACGAGACCAGAGCUAGAUACUUUCUAGUUGGGAGCAAUCAUGCAGAGACGAAAUAUCGUGUCUUGAAAAUUGAUAGAACAGAGCCGAAAGAUUUGGUCGUAAUUGAUGAUAGGCAUGUAUAUACUCAACAAGAAGUGAGGGAACUUCUUGGCCGUUUGGAUCUAGGAAAUAGAACAAAGAUGGGACAGAAAGGAUCCUCCGGGUUAUUUCGAGCUGUUUCAGCUUUUGGUGUUGUAGGUUUUGUCAGGUUUUUAGAAGGCUAUUAUAUUGUGUUAAUAACUAAACGGAGGAAGAUGGCAGAUAUUGGAGGUCAUGCAAUAUAUAAGAUUGAAGAUACAAAUAUGAUCUAUAUACCCAAUGAUUCUGUACGGGUUACUCAUCCUGAUGAAGCUAGGUAUCUACGAAUAUUUCAAAAUGUGGACCUAUCUAGCAAUUUUUACUUUAGUUACAGCUAUGAUUUGUCCCACUCACUUCAAUAUAAUCUCACUGUCUUGCGAAUGCCCCUGGAGAUGUUGAAGUCAGAAACAGCCCAGACUCGCCAGGAGAGCUUUGACAUCUUUGAAGAUGAAGGAUUAAUUACACAAGGUGGAAGCGGCGUGUUUGGAAUCUGUAGUGAGCCUUACAUGAAGUAUGUGUGGAAUGGUGAACUUCUGGACAUAAUUAAAAACACUGUGCAUCGUGACUGGCUGUUGUAUAUUAUUCAUGGGUUCUGUGGGCAGUCAAAGCUGCUGAUCUAUGGGCGACCAGUGUAUGUGACCCUAAUAGCUAGAAGGUCCAGUAAGUUUGCUGGGACCCGUUUUCUCAAGAGAGGUGCGAACUGUGAGGGUGAUGUUGCAAAUGAAGUGGAGACUGAACAAAUACUCUGUGAUGCUUCUGUGAUGUCUUUCACUGCAGGAAGUUAUUCUUCUUAUGUACAAGUUAGAGGAUCAGUUCCCUUAUACUGGUCUCAGGACAUUUCCACUAUGAUGCCAAAGCCACCUAUUACAUUGGACCAGGCAGAUCCAUUUGCACAUGUGGCUGCCCUUCACUUUGACCAGAUGCUUCAGAGGUUUGGCUCCCCCAUUAUCAUCUUGAAUUUAGUGAAGGAGAGAGAGAAAAGAAAGCACGAAAGAAUUCUGAGUGAAGAACUUGUCGCUGCUGUGACCUACCUCAAUCAGUUUCUGCCUCCUGAGCACACUAUUGUUUAUAUUCCUUGGGAUAUGGCCAAGUACACCAAGAGCAAGCUCUGUAAUGUUCUUGAUCGACUGAAUGUGAUUGCGGAAAGUGUGGUGAAGAAAACAGGUUUCUUUGUCAACCGUCCUGAUUCUUACUGUAGCAUUUUGCGACCAGAUGAAAAGUGGAAUGAACUAGGAGGAUGUGUGAUUCCCACUGGUCGCCUGCAGACUGGCAUCCUGCGAACCAACUGUGUGGACUGUUUAGAUCGCACCAACACGGCACAGUUUAUGGUGGGAAAAUGUGCCCUGGCUUAUCAGUUGUAUUCACUUGGAUUAAUCGACAAACCUAAUCUACAGUUUGAUACAGAUGCAGUUAGGUUAUUUGAGGAACUCUAUGAAGAUCAUGGUGAUACUCUGUCCCUUCAGUAUGGUGGUUCUCAACUUGUUCAUCGUGUAAAAACCUAUAGAAAGAUAGCACCGUGGACGCAGCACUCAAAAGACAUCAUGCAAACCCUGUCUAGAUAUUAUAGCAACGCUUUUUCAGAUGCCGAUAGACAAGAUUCCAUUAAUCUCUUCCUGGGAGUUUUCCAUCCUACUGAAGGAAAACCUCAUCUUUGGGAACUCCCAACAGAUUUUUAUUUGCAUCACAAAAAUACCAUGAGACUUUUACCAACAAGAAGAAGUUAUACUUACUGGUGGACACCAGAGGUAAUAAAGCAUUUACCAUUGCCUUAUGAUGAAGUUAUCUGUGCUGCAAACUUAAAGAAGUUGAUAGUGAAGAAAUUUCACAAAUAUGAAGAAGAGAUUGAUAUCCACAAUGAGUUCUUUCGGCCAUAUGAAUUGAGUAGUUUUGAUGAUACCUUUUGCUUGGCUAUGACAAGUUCAGCACGUGACUUUAUGCCCAAGACUGUUGGCAUUGAUCCAAGUCCAUUUACUGUGCGUAAACCGGAUGAAACUGGAAAAUCAGUAUUGGGAAACAAAAGCAAUCGAGAAGAAGCUGUAUUACAGAGGAAAACGGCAGCCAGCGCCCCGCCACCCCCCAGCGAGGAGGCUGUGUCCAGCAGCUCUGAGGAUGACUCUGGGACCGACCGGGAAGAGGAGGGUUCCGUGUCUCAGCGCUCCACUCCCGUGAAGAUGACCGACACAGGGGACAGUGCCAAAGUGACUGAGAAUGUGGUCCAGCCCAUGAAAGAGGUAUAUGGAAUUAACCUCUCAGAUGGCCUCUCAGAAGAAGAUUUUGCCAUUUAUUCAAGAUUUGUUCAGCUGGGGCAGAGUCAACACAAACAAGACAGGAGCAGCCAGCAGCUCUGUUCCAGGUGCUCAGAUGGAGUUAUAAAAUUAACGCCCAUCUCGGCUUUCUCGCAAGACAAUAUUUAUGAGGUUCAGCCCCCAAGGGUGGACAGGAAAUCUACAGAGAUCUUCCAAGCCCACAUCCAGGCCAGUCAAGGUAUCAUGCAGCCGCUGGGAAAAGAGGACACCUCCAUGUACCGCGAGUACAUCAGGAACCGCUACCUGUGAGGAGAGCAGGGGUUCACGUGGUGACCCUGGGGGAAACAGGAAAGUCAUGUUUCAUUAGGUUAGAAUCUGUUUUAUCUCAUCUUAAAAAGUCGUUUCCAAAAAGUCCCUUGCAUCUGAAGCUAUUCCCUAUUUGUAACUCCCAAGUUCUGAAUUAUAGGUAAUAAAGGAAUGACUCAA